UAGAAAGUGAGCCAAUUUUGCUUACUUUCUCAAUUCUCAAUCUCUCUCUUUACCUUUCAUGCAUAUUCCCUAUAAAUUCACAUAUACUUUCCACUCAAAAUUCACAGCCAAAAUAAACACUCACAAGUAUAUUAUUACAUCCCAAAAAUAAAAUGGAAGUUAACAAAUUAAUAUUUGUUACGAGAAUAUUUUUGUUAUUUCUUGGUUUGACAUCCACAUUGGCACAUGGCCAAGGAACCAAAGUUGGGUAUUACUCAACAAAGUGCCCUAAGGCCGAGUCUAUUGUUAGAUCAACAGUUGAGUCUCAUUUCAAAACAAAUCCUCGGAUUGCCCCGGGCAUUCUGAGGAUGCACUUCCACGAUUGUUUUGUUCGUGGUUGCGACGCUUCUAUCCUCAUCGAAGGCUCCAACACCGAGAAGACAGCAGUACCUAACCGUGCUAUACCCGGCUAUAAUGUUAUAGACGACGCCAAGAAGCAGCUCGAGGCUGCUUGCCCUGGCGUCGUUUCUUGCGCUGAUAUUAUUGCUCUUGCUGCUCGCGACUCUGUAGUUGUGACCAAAGGGAUUAAUUGGAACGUUCCUACUGGGCGUAGAGAUGGACGAGUUUCAAUUGCUUCGGAGGCUGGGGAUUUGCCUGGUCCUAAUGAAUCAGUGUUUAAUCAAACAAGGAAGUUUAAGAACAUAAAUCUCAGCGUUCAAGACCUGGUCACUCUAGUUGGUGGACAUACAAUUGGAACAGCAGCAUGCGGUUUAGUGACAGGGAGGCUAUACAACGUGAAUUCAAGCAAUGGUGCUGAUCCAUCCAUCGACCCUACCUUUGUCCCUACACUAAGAGCUCUCUGCCCACAAAAUGGCGGCGGUUCGAACCGAGUUGAUCUCGACACGGGAAGCGGCUCUCGUUUUGACAACAGCUACUUCAACAACUUGAGCAAGAGACGAGGCAUUCUCACCUCGGAUCAGCUGCUGUGGACCGAUCCCUCAACCAAGGGCUUUGUCCUCCAAUAUUUGAGGAGUGCCACCUCUUUCAACUUUGAGUUUGCUAAGUCCAUGGUUAAGAUGAGUAAAGUUGGUGUCUUGACUGGUACUCAGGGUGAAAUUCGAAAACUUUGUACUGCUAUUAAUUAACUAAUAACAAUAUGCUUUUUAAAAAUAUAUAUAUGGUCAAAUAAAACUGGAAUAUGGUCAUUGUUGGAGGGAGGUUGUAGUAGUAAAACUGUCAUACUAUAUAUGUUUGUAUAUGUAUGUUUUAUUAGGGAACAUUAAUAAAGUGUUUCUUAAUAUAUGGUUGUAUACUCGGAACUCAGAAGGAGAUGGAAUAUUUAAUAAUAUUGUAUUUUUUUUAUCUA